CUCGGCCAUAAGGGGAUGGCAUCAUCGCCGCCGCAUCUCCCCCGCCCUCUGAAAUCAAGGGAAGCCGCACGAAUGCAUCCAAGAUUUCUAAUCGUAUGAAUAUAUAUGCACGCGAAAAGCCUAACUGAUCCACAUCUUCAUCCAAGUCAACUUACCUUUGGGCGCAUUGACCACAGCUAGCACAACAAGACCUCGAUUCUACCAUUGUCCGCCACAAUCUUGUGAUAGCAUCCGCCCCAAUCUAUUCUCAAACCCGAGCGAGUCUAUAGAUCAUUUCAAAUGACGACCGCUGCGCCGCGACCGACACCCGCACACAAGCUCUCGGGUACUAUAUCGUCGACACCUACGUCCACAGACGUUAAUUUCCAAGGACUACCUAUCCCUCGCGGGCCCGUCAAAGCCUCUCUCUCGUUCUACAAGCCGCCCGAGGACGGCGCCAAACCGCACAACUAUGUCGAGCCACUGCCGGGCGUACCACAACGCAACUUUGGAGAGUCGUUGCACGAAGUGACUCUCGAUGAUUUGCGUGGGCAGGAGCAGAAGUUCUCCCUGAACAACAACGCCUUCGACACAAUUCAGAGUGUAUCUUCACAGGAACAUGAGUUCCAGGACGACGAGCAAAUCAAGAGGGUCUACUACCCCGAGGUCGAGAAACUGCUGCUGGAGAAUGUGCCUGGCGCAAAUAGAGUACUUCUCUUCGACCAUACUAUCCGGCGAUCGCACCCCGGAGCGAACAGAGCCCCCGUGACGCGGGUUCACGUGGACCAGACGCCGUUUUCUGCUGCACAGCGCAUCAAGCUUCAUCUCCCCAACGAGGCAGACAAGUUGUUGCAAGGCCGGUACCGCAUUAUCAACGUGUGGCGACCGUUGAAUGGCCCGGUCAUGGCACAUCCACUUGCUGUCGCGGACAGCUCGACAGUUAGAGACGAGGAUUUGAUUCCAGUAGAGCACAGAUACCCAGACCGCACUGGUGAGACGGCACAGGUGCUCUUCAAUCCAUCGCAGAAAUGGUACUACUGGUCAGGUAUGAAGAAUGAAGACCGCCUGUUGCUGAAAUGCUUUGAUAGCGACGAGACAGUGGGUUUGUGGGGUCGCGCACCGCACACUGCCUUUGUUGAUCCGAGGACACCUGAGGGCGCUGUCGGACGCGAGAGCAUUGAAGUGAGGGCACUCGUAUUCGGUUAGGAUUGUCUGCAUACUUUCACAGGGUCUUCAUAUUAUCGUUCUUAGCAUGGGGUCGGGUCUCAAGGCGUUGCAGUACGAACGAAUCUGAGUCCAUCUUCACUAGCACCCAUGUACCAUCUAUGCAUGUUUUCAUUCAUCUUCACAUAUUCUU